CUCAAGUGGGAGAUUAUUAAAUUUCAAUGAAGUAGUGAACAGCCAGCCGCGAUCAUGUCGCCGUGCCCUCGCGUUUUAUCCAAAGUGUUCCAGCAUGAAAUACUUCUGUGUAUAGAAUCUACUUCUCCGUCUGCGGUUCACACAGCAGCACACCGAGCUCAAACUGAGGGCAUACAAUCAUGUGAAGUGAUCGCUCUGCUGCUUCAUGCACCUCCUCUCCCAAUGAUAUCAAAAUGUUGCUGCAAGUUCCAUCACAUUCAUACGAAGCUUUUCCUCUAUUGCUCUGAAGAUCCACAAGGGCGGACGAGACUUGGAAGUGUAGGAUUAUCAGAUGAAGACUGAGCAGUGGUAGAAUAACAAGUUGCUCAUCUUCGCUUCACCCUUCACAACAUGCUUCAGCGACAAACUGUAUUUCUAUUUGUACCACUAAACAACGAUUUCGAUUCUCUUCAAGCGAACAAUUUUUACACUCCUUGAGAAAUGAAUGUGUAGUUGACCGUGAAGUUGUUAUCUUACAUAGCUUUACCUUUACGUUUACACUGAAAAUAAGUACGUCAUCAUGAAAAGAUUGAAAAUAUUUGAAACCGCGUCCUCAAUUUUUGUGUCGUCUAUCAGCAGCGACCAUUUCAUUCAGUUCUGCCCACACCACUAGCAGAACCAGAGGAAUUCAACCGGUAUUAGGUUUACUUAUUUUCAUUUCCUAGAAACAAGAAACAAAUCUAUUAAUUUUUCCGAUACGAUUUGUAGUACUGUACAACAGCUUGUUGUCGGUGAGCUGCUCCCCAAUCACUUCUCCACUACACGCAAAAUGGCGAUGAGUGGUGCGGCGAGCCAGGUCCUGGCACUUUUGGUGCUGGACCAGGAGAGCAAUCGGUUGGCGGUGAAGUACUGUACCAACGGCACCAAGCUGUUUCCCACCGUGGACGCCCAGCGAAAAUUCGAGAAGAUACGCACUGGCGCUACAAAAGCGUCGUACUAGUACGCAUUGCCGGUUGCAAGAAGUUUGGUAGGCAUGACAGAUCCGAUUUCGCUUUCAGAUGUAAAGCUGCAACAAAAACAAGUUGAUUCUCCCGUCUGAAAAAUUUCUCUUGCAAGUAUCUCCACUAGUGCGAUGAAUCCUUUUGCAGUGCAUAGAUGAAAGUGAUUGGUAAGUUGGCGAAGCCCACCGGACGGCCCACGGAGGGCGACGUGGCCCUGAUCGGGGACUACCAGUUGGUGCUCUACAAAAUCAUCAACGACGUGUACGUGUGCAUUGUUUGCUCGGUGCAAGACAACGAGGUGAUUUUGGCGCAGCUGCUCGAGGGGCUGUGCCAGGCGCUGACCACCGUGGGCAACGUGUCUUUCGUGGGCAACCACUCCCUGACGAAGCAAACCGUGCUGGAGAACCUGGAUCAAGUACUGCUCGUGCUGGACGAAGUGGCGGACGUACGAAAAUGAACAAGAACCACUUCCUACCCCUCCACUCGAGCAGUACUAAAGUAGGUCAUGAUAAAAAGAUUUUACGCAGCAGAAACGACAUUACUAACGUAGAUUGCGCAUGACAAACUAUCACGAUGACAACACGAAAGCCAGAAUACUGCGAGCAGACCGAUGUAGUGCUGUUUGAGAGCUGCACGCACAUGAGAGCACAGCAGAUUGUCAUGCCAACAAAUUGAAAUUGUAACUGUUUUCGUAAAAAAAUUAUCUUAAAAGUAAAGUGAGACUCAGACCGAAACAAGAGCUUGCGCUCAUCUGGUAACCAAAUGGGUAGGAUUUGUGCACCUUCAUAGGACGACAACGGCAUCGUGAUGGAAAUCGACGAGGAGAAGAUCGUACGCAUUGCAAAAGAAGUAGUAGUCCAAGUGUAUCAAAUGCAUUUACUGCAUGACAGAUUUCCUAUUCCCAGCUGCAUCUGCAUGAGAAAUGCAAAUGUCGCUGAUGUUCACAUAUUUGUAUUGCAGAAAGUCAAUUGUAAUUUUAGAUUUCAUGCAUUUUUUACAACAACUAGUACUAGUACAGCUUCUGCAAAAAUGCAUAGCUGAUGGCCCGGAUCCGCAUGCAGGACGUGGAAACCGGCGGUGACAGCGGACUGGGAAGCGGAUUGAGCGAAAGCAACCAGUUAUGCAAGGAAGGAAGUGUAGUUCUGCAGCUACAGUGAGUACAAAUGGGGUUGCAGCAGGACGACAGGCAAGACAAACAACAUCUGUCAUGUACAUGUUCGAGGAGUCGCGGCUUGCGAGUCUCAUUACAUUCUAUAAUAUGCACGUUUUUAUUCUUGUGUGUUGUCGAGCAAGUUUGUGCAGUUGGCGAAGUUUUAUUUACCGGAGCCAAUGUGUCUAUGUCUAAAGCAUCAUGUAGCUGCUGCGCUUUUUUCUUUUCAUACCAGUCCGAGCCCGAGCGCGUGUUCCAGCAAGCUACCCAGGCUAUGACAGUGCACAACUCCCCCUCCCCCUCAUUGGUCAUGCAAAAUACCCAAUCCAUCCUUUGCCUCUUGGCACUGUUUGCAUGACAAGUCCUGGUAGCCCAAAUAGCACUACACUCCAGAGCAAAUUUGUUAUGCAAAACCGGCACUCUUGCUGAUGCUUGUAUUGCCGUUCAUGCUAUACAAAUGAGGGGGAGGGGGAGUUGUGCACUUUGAUACAAGCGGCGAAAAAGCGACUGCUGGAAUCGCUGCUCGGCGGACGGGGCUAAGCGGAGGCAGAGUCGAGCAGGAAACACUUCUAUUCCGGAAGGAAACUACCGUCAAAAAGCUGCGUGUGAUGUCACAUGUUUAAUAUUUUUGCGAAAACAGCACGUGCGCAGCGGUUUGCUGUCACUGCUAGACAGCCCGCGGCCUAAGUAGGAGCAUUGAACUGAUGACAGUGCUGGAGCGAGCGAAUAUGACACUACUGCGCAAAAAGUUUUUUACGUUUUUUCACCCAGCAAGAAGAACGUUGAUGGUAUAUGAAAACAGUAUAGAUCACCACGACGGUGUCGUGGAGGACUUUUCCCGCCCCUGAAAGCUAAACUACAACCCCCCCGCGAGGACAAAGCAAUCUUUUUAGAUGCCUUGUCUUGUCGUAUUAUUUGCGUUUGAAGAAAUAAGAUUAAGAGGAUCGAAUACUUUGUUCCACCUGUUGUCUACUCCAGUAAUGUGGG